AUGAGACGUGUAGUUGUCGCAAUGUCAGACGCCCACACCCCGAUCGCCGUGCGCCAGGAUUUCUAUGAUAAUAAUCCGCUUCCGUAUGCGGAGUGGACUUUACCAGCUGAUCUGGACGAAUGUCGUAGGAGAAGAAUACCAGCUGGAGCUGCCGCUGGUCAUCCGAACCAUCCCCUGCUUCUCAAUGCCGACGCCAUUAUGCCUGAAGAUUAUGGUGCUGCUGAGCUUGAGAAUGACAUUAUCCAUUACCAGAAUUUUGUGUCCCAUCUUGGAAGAAAGAAUUCAAGUAUGUUGAGUGGACCAUGUUCUAUAGACUAUGAUGGUAAUGGACAGCGCCGACAGUUAACAUCUAACUAUCCUGGUGGGCUUAAGUAUCCGCCAGUGUUCAAUUUCGGCCGUCCGCUGGAACCCGCGGAUUAUAAUGCAGGCGCCCCUCCAACUGGCGAUUUGGAUGAGUUCUGGAGUACUGAGGCCAUUGAUGCUAAAGAAUCUACC